AGUCGGGGAAGACGAAUCGCUUGGCCUUCUCUUGAAAAUCUGCGCGCACGCAUAAACCUAUCUACACCUACACCUGGCCGUCUUAUACUCUGCAUCGCUCUGACACGGAGGGAGAGACUGUGCCCCGACGACGCGACGCCACGAGCAAGAGACCCAAAGAGGAAACAAAAGGAAGAAGCAGCCAGAAGCACUCGCCAUGGCACCACUGAAGCCCCACUGGGUCCAGCCCUCCCAUGCCGAGAUCCAGGAUGUGAUCAUCAACGAGCGCGAGUUCACGUCCAAGAGCCUGUCCAAGAUCUCGCUGCCGCCCUUCGGACUCUACGCGAAGAUGGCCUUCCCUCCGUGCACCUUUGCCGAGAGCCCGACCUACGCCACGGUCCAGUGCGGCCGCGACAGGCACCUCAACCUCAACAGCGAUCUACUGUACAUUAACCACUCGUGCGAGCCCUCCCUCUUCUUCGAUACGGCCACCUUCAACAUCAUCGCCGGACCCAACGGUCUCCGCGUCGGCGAGGAACUAACCUUCUUCUACCCGUCGACGGAGUGGGCCAUGGCCCAGCCCUUCGACUGUCUCUGCAACAAGCCCUCCUGCCGCGGCCGCAUCGCCGGCGCCCGGGACAUGACCCCCGCGCAGCUCAACGGCGUCUGGCUUAACGGCCACAUCCACGAGCUCUUGGAGGAGCGGGACGGCCGCCGUAAGGCGCUUGGCGACAAGCCCGGGUCCAUCAACGGCACCGGCCCCCCCGUCGUCGACCAUAGCGACGGCACCGCCGACGAUGGCGUUGCCCGGGUGCUGCGAGAUGUCUUAACCAACGCCGAGAAGGCCCUGGAGGCCAUGAAGAGCGCCCUGCGGACCUAUCCCAACCCCGCGGCCCGGGAGGGGACCAGUGCAGCGUCCGAGGCUGCCGGCGCGAGCGCCCCCGACGAAGCUCUCGUCCGAGCGCUGCAGAAUAUCAUGGCCGACGCCGAGAAGGCGCGCGAGACCACCAAGAGCGUGCUGUCGCUCUACCUCGACCACGCGACGCGAGCGGGGGCGGCGGCCGACGGUGCCGGCGCCACCUUUGUCGCGGGCCUGGCGAGGCGUGGCGUCACGUCGCGGGAGCUGAGCGGCGAGAUGGGCGGCGACACACCCGCGGCCUCGGGAUCCUAAUGCGAUUCGAUUCGAGGGAGGCAUCGGAUUGUUGAUGAUAUCAAGUGAAAACGUAAUAAAAAAAAAGACAAGAAAGUAGUACAAAGAAACAAAGAAAAGGAGAAAAAAAAGGAGGGGAAGUUAGGUGGAGAACCCCAGCCGUGUAUUCAACAUCACCUACGUAUAUUCUCGUGUCCGGGCCAGUUUUCAACAAUCU